AUGUCGGCUCAAGGCAGUAAACCACACGAGCUUCGGACAGCAACAGAGCCUCGACAGAACUCUUUUUAUAAGCUGAGGGUGUCCCAUAUAUACCAGGUCAACCCAACCAUUCGACUUAUCCGGUUCAAUAUUUUUUGCGGCUGUACCUCACUUGAUUGGUCUAAAGAUAAUUCAGAGAACUUGACGUAUAACCUGCAGCCGCCGUUGGAAUUUUCACCCGGCCAGUGGCUUGACGUUCAUAUACCAAACAUUGAACAUGCUGGGGGUUUUACAAUAACAUCCACUCCCCAGGAUGCUUCUACUCAAGAAAACAUUGAUAUAGCUGCAGAUGGAAAUGAUAAACAUCUGCCAUAUGUUGAACUAGCUAUCCAAUAUUCACCUAGUAACCCAGCUGCUAAGUGGUUUUGGCAGCCUAUAGAGCAAAUAUUGGGUUCCUAUGUCAAAGUUAGGAUCGGUGGCGGGUUUGUAUGGCCGCCACCGAAUGGUAUGGCAUUAGAUGAGAUCAAGAACAUCGUGUUUGUGGCUGGUGGCGUUGGUAUCAACCCACUCAUAUCAAUGAUUUCCUAUAUCCACCGGACGAGAUCUUGCCUACUGCCAUCUGCAAGGCUUCAUCUACUAUAUUCGACUAGAAUCCCUUCGUCGUCCACUCCUAUUAACAUGGCAGGGCCGAGUGAAGCCGUGAAUGCUUUGGCCACCGAUAGGCUAUCUAAAAUUUUAUUUUUAGACCGUCUUCAGCAAAUCAGUCGCGACUGGAACCGAGCGAAAGAUAAUACCAAUUCCCUCGACUUGCAACUGUUCCUCACAAACUCAUACCUGGAAAAUAGAGGUGGUAAUAAAGUUAAUUUUCAAUCCAGUAUACUAGAUACAGACAACCAUAUAACAGUUCAUUCCCGACGCAUUGAAGCAGGCGAUCUACACAAAGCUGUGGGCGGAAGUGAUGAGCUAAGGAGUGGUACGAUAUGCUACGUUUGUGGUCCACCGGUAAUGACUGAUGAGCUCGUUAAGGAAUUGGAGACUUUCAUUGGCAGCGAAGACGACAAAACAAGGAAAAGAGUGUUAUAUGAAAAGUGGUGGUAA